AUCCUCUGCUGCCUCCUUAGCCUCAGUCUGGACUGGUCUCCUCGCCUCUCCUCUGCACCUGGCUGCUCUCCACCAUCCAUCACAUCCUGCCUGCCUGCAGCUCGAUCUCUCCUCGGCCUCCUCCUGAUGUCGGUGCACCAGUGAGGAGGAGAAGGAGGAGGAAGAGGACAAGGAGGAGGAGGAGGAGGAGGAGACGUGCACGUUUCUGUGCCACUGUUUGGUCCUCGAGAGGAGGAGCCAGUUGUUGAUUGUACGCUGCAAAGACAGGGCGCCGCGCACAGAGAGAACGUGGCAGCUGUCAGUGAAGAGUGAUGAAGCAGAGAUGGUCACUUCUGGACUAGCUCAGACGAGGGAACUGCAGUGGAGGUGGAGCACGGAAGGAAAACAAAAGUAAACCACAUGACCAGAACUUGGAAAGCCUCCAAAUUUGUCAGGUUUCCCGUCGGGCAGGGUUUACCUCCUCCCCGUCGUCUCAGUCUCUCCUGCUCUUCCUCCCUAGUUUACCAGAGCAGCCUGUCCUUUCCAAGUGUCUGAGUCGUGAGAAUUUACUUUGCUCAGUCACCCACAUACCCAAAUUUAAACACACAUACUCUCUCUCGCUCACACACACACACACACGGACAUAUAGUUGCAUCCCGCUCAUGCUCGUUGGCCUGCCUUCCUCUGCUGCUGCUCCUGCUCUAGUCCCACACCAUGAAGAGGCCAAAGCAGCAGACGGGGCCACUGAGCUUCCUAAAUUUCUUCAGCAGAAAGCCCAAAUCAGAGCCAAAGCCAGAGAGGCCUGUGGAUGUCCGGCCCAAAGAGGAGGUGGCCAUCACGCUGACCCCCAGCGAACAUCCAGAGCAGGACCUCAGCCUCACAGUAGAAGAUGCUGGAGAAGUAAGAGUUUCUGGAGCAGAAAAAGGAGAAGGAGAAGGUCCACCAGCAGUGGCUCAAGUGUGUGAAGAUAGUCAAGCCACAGCCGAGUGCGCCGGUGGGGUCAGCAGAGGCUCCACCGGUGUCCUGUCCCUCUCCUCCUCCAGCCAGGAGCAGCUACUGGAUGAACAUCUGGUGGAGUGCCCGCUGUGCCUGCUCAGUCAACCACGUUGCCACUUCCCACGACUCACAUGCUGUUCCCACCGGUCCUGUUCUGACUGCCUCCGCCAGUACCUGCGCAUUGAGAUAUCAGAGAGCCGGGUGGGCAUCGCAUGCCCACAGUGCCCCGAAACCCUAGCGCCACUGGACGUCCAUGCCAUCCUGGAUGACCGGGCAUUGCUGGAGAGAUUUGAGGAAUAUCAACUGAGGCGUUUUCUAGCUGCUGAUCCUGAUACCCGCUGGUGUCCUGCGCCUGACUGCAGCUAUGCUGUGAUAGCUUACGGCUGUGCUGAAUGUCCCAAGCUGAGCUGCGGCCGCGAGGGAUGCGACACAGAGUUCUGUUACCACUGUCGGCAGCUGUGGCACCCCAACCAGACGUGCGACCAAGCACGACGUCAACGGGCCCGCCACACUUCAGGGGGCAACGAUGCCUCCACACUGUACGUCUUCAAUGAAGAACAUGGAGGAGAUGCAGAGGAGAUCAAAGCGUGCCCUCGCUGUGGCGCCUACAUCAUGAAGACCAACGACGGCAGCUGUAAUCGUAUGAACUGCACUGUGUGUACCUGUCAGUUCUGCUGGCUGUGUAUGCAGGAGAUCACCGACGUGCACUACCUCAGUCCCUCAGGAUGUACGUUUUGGGGGAAGAAGCCAUGGUCACAAACCCGCAAGGUUCUGUGGCAGGUGGGCAUGUUACUCGGAGCGCCAGUGGUCAUCUCCCUUAUAGCGGGUAUCGCCAUCCCAGUCAUCAUCGUAGGCAUACCAAUUUACAUGGGCCGGAAGGUCCAUGGUCGUUGUAAGAAAAACAAUAUCUCAGGAAGCAAGCAUUACUUGACUGUGGCAAGUGGAGUGAUGAUGUCAGUGUUUGUGUCACCGGUCAUAGCAGCCGUCACUGUGGGUGUGGGAGUCCCACUAAUGCUGACUUAUGUCUAUGGAGUUGUCCCCAUGUCGCUCUUUAGGAACGGUUGGUGUCGCCCGCAGAGUGAACCUCCCGAAACACACAAAAUCCAACUGGAGGACUUAGCCAGCUAUCUUCUGUUCUCUCAUGUAGUCAGUGACCACUGGACUGGUCAGAGCAACAGAACAACGCUCAGUGACACCAGUGUGCAGGAAGUUAGAGUCAGUAUACAGGAAGUGGGUGUCCUGCCAAGCACGAGUAACACUCCUCCAGAGCUAGAUAUCUAUGUGAGAUUGGAUGAAGCCACAAAUCGCCAUGAAUAUUCCCAACAGGACACUCCGCCAGACUGCGAGGUGGUUAUUGUGCCAGAUAGCAAAGUGGACGACACACAAGCACUUCCACUAAGGGAAGGAACUAAUAUUGAAGUCCGAGUGGAAAUUGAGACCCAUCCCAGAGGCGCCCGCCAGUCCAGCCUAAGUAGCAUCCUGUCUAGCCGAAGCUUGUCUGUGGAGUCACUGGGACACUCACAGUCCCAGUCCCAAGACCACUUGUGUACCUCAGAACUGGAAGAAAGAAAAGAGGGGGGAAGAGGAAAAGGACAAGAGCAGAAGGGAAGAGAGACAUCAGGAGGGGAUGCAGCAGGAGUGGAGGGGACCCCAGUCUUUGAAAUAGACGAUGUAUGAGGUCAUCUAUUGUAGGCUUUCUAUUUGGGUGAUAAUUUAGUCAGGUUUAAUGCAAAUAAACCCUGAAAUUUCACUGGACUGACCUGGAAAUCAUUGGCCAAAGCCACCUCCUGCUUCCAAGACAGGCCCUCCCACCAGAUGCCUUCUAGCGCCAGCCUCUAAGGAAGAUGCAGGUUCAGAGAGAGCAAAUGAAAAAAGAUGAGAGUGUGUGAGUUUGUGUGUGUAUGUGUGUGCGUGAGACAAAUAGCAUGAGAAUAUGACAUAAAAAAUAGGAGAGCAGUAAACUGCAUUGCAGACAGGAUAGCACCCACCAGGGAGUCUAAAACAGAUGUGAUUGAGAGCAUGUUAGUCAGCUACAUCAGUCUGUUUUUAUCUCUGCUUUCUAAAUAGAGACCUACCUUAUUCCCCAUCUGUUAUAACUCUAUUUCAUGAAGCCCUGUCUUCUUCUGGCUGUGCUCUUAUAUUUAUUUUUAGUGACCCCUCUCUUGUCCCUCUUCAAAUAAAGAACCCCCCCCAAA